GUCGUCAAUCUUGCGGCGCGACGCGUGGUCACGUGCGUGAGGAGCCGCCCUUCGGAGCUUCGACGAGAUGCCGCAAGUUACUUUGGACAUCAAUCCAGUCUACAUCGGUCAAUAUCGACUGGGCCUUUCAUGCUACCAAAAGAGGUCGCUAGCUCAUUGAGCACACAAUGGCCAUGUCGCGAGGUCCAGAUGCGGCAAUUGGCCAGUCUCUUAAGUCCAAAUGUCCCUAGUCCAUCGACGCUCGUUGUCCAUGGUAUAUCCGCAACCUGCAAAUCGACCAUUCUCCGCGCCGUCCUCGCUACCCUCGCAGUGCCGCAUGCGAUUAUUCCUUGCUCGGAAUGUAUUACAGGUCGACAUCUUCUGACGAAAAUCUUAUGGAAGACGCUGGAGGCGCUGGGCCAGAAAGAAGAGUGGGAAAAGUCCGGCAAGGGAAGAUGCGACCAUGUUAGCGGGCUGUCAGUCCUCCUCGAGGAGUGCCUGACAGCGAGGUCCGCUGAAAACACCGGCAAAUUCGUGUUGGUGUUGGAUGAAGCUGACAGACAAAGGGAGGCCUCGCCCACACUUCUGUCAGCGUUGGCACGGCUAGGCGAUAUCAUCCCGUCUCUAUGUGUCGUCCUAGUCCUCAGCUCGACUCCACGACCACUGUUUCUCCAAAGUGCGGCGGUGCCGCACGUCAGCUUUCCUCCAUACACGCGCAAUGAGGCCAUUCACAUCAUCCUCAGUUCGGAUGCGCCGGUCAUCGAUGGCUUGCCCGCUGAGAUCUCCUCUCGCGUAUACCCCUACUUUGUAUCUACAGUCUACGACUCCUUGGUUGGGCCAACAGCAGGUUCCAUUCCGGAUUUCCGGUCUAUCUGCGACAGAUUGUGGCCUCAGUUCAUGGCACCGGUAGUAAACGGGGAAACGCCCCCAGGCGGAAACACCGAGUGGGAUUUCUCCCGACUGCUAGUCAAGAACAGAGCGAUCUUCCGCCGCCAAGGCGAGUCGGCCCUAGUGCACCGUAUCAUUCCAGACGAGACGACCACCAUCGCGAAAAAGGCCCCCUUGACCACAAGCGCCAUGCCAUCCGCCCUCCCAACCCUGCCAUACUUCUCGACCUUGAUCCUCACAUCCGCCUAUCUGGCCUCACACACGCCCCAACGCCUGGACACAAUCUUCUUCUCCAAGUUCUCCUCCUCAUCCCUCUCAGCCCGAAACAAGCGUGCCCACCACCGCCGCCGUCUGAAAGUCCUCUCCCAAGCCCAGGCAGAAGAAAGACAAGCCGCCAGGGACGAUCCCUCCACUCCCAAUAAAAAGGGCAAGCGCACGAAAACCCGCAUCACUAAAUCAACUCUCUCCUCCGCUUUCGCCACUUCUUCGGCCACCACUUCUGCCGUCGGAGGUGGCGCGGGCAUCACUGGCCUUUUCCCCUUGGAACGUCUCCUGGCUAUCUACCACGCUAUCGACCCUAACCCCCCGGCAACCCCACUGAGAGUCGCGGCCGUCGCUGACCGCAUCUACGCGGAACUGGCGACGCUGCGACGACUAAGACUUGUUGUUCCUGCUGCUAGCCAUAAUGGCUUGGCGACGAGCAGUGGGAAUACUAGUGCCGAUGCGGGUGAUAAGUGGUGCGUUAAUGUCUCUGGUGAUUGGGUCGGAGAGCUGGCUAAGGGCAUUGGUGUCGAGGUUGGUGAAUGGUUGGCUGGUGGUCUAGAUUGA